AUGUCGGAGGGUGAGCUCGAUAUGUCAAGCUACGACUGCCUGGACGAGGAGCUGGAGAAGAGAAGGCUGAAGACGAAAAAGAAAGUCAAGAUUCCGAUGAAGAGGGCAUUCGCCUCUUUCGGGAAAGCGGAGCUGCUCAGGAACGUGCUGUUCAUCGUCCUUGGCGCUCUGCUCGGCUCAUACGCCAUCGCGGACUUCAAGGCGAGUAUGCAGAAGCCGAAGACAGCAGAGAUCAUAGAGAUCAAGGAGAUGAAGGAAGUGACGGAGGAGCCCAGUAUGGACACGUGGAUCAAGCGAUUGAAAGAGGCAAGCCUGCCCGUCAAUGAGCAUACGAUUCGGACACUUAUGGAAACGGAGCACAGUGAUGUGUUCGAGAAGAUGAGACAGGAGAGACUCGCGAAGUUGAAGGCAAGGAUGUCCGGCAGAUGGGAGUUUUUGCACUCCCACAAAGUCCAUUUGGACUCGCCUGAAUAUUCAAACAAUGGUCUAUUGAGGAGUUUGUCCGGUCAACAGAAGAUCGAAUUCAACGGAAACAACUUCACCGAUACUUACUUCUACUACUGGCACCUUGCGAGCCAUUCGGUGCCCACAAUGGAGAUUGGAUCCACGUUCUGUAAGGACGGUUGGUCAAAGACGAUCGAGAUUGACGCGGAGUUGGAGGUGAUCACGAAGUUUAGCAAGGGGGACCUGAUCGUGGAGACUCACAAGAGAAGUGUGAACAACGAGGGACAACUCGUUAUGGUUGUGGAACAUUUGAGCGGAGCUGCAAUGGAGUUCACGUACCGGAAGGUCGAGGAAUCCAUGAUUGUCAGGUUCAUCGAUUAUUUGAGACGAGUACUCAUCUAUCUGUUCAAACGUUCUGGCUAA